UGUCUCCAAAAGUUUUGAGCACUAUAAAUUGGAUUUUUCUUCUUUUUAAUUAAACUUUCUUAAAUAUCAAACAACGCCUAGAGGUUUAUGUUUCAAGACUGAUUGAAAUUUUUAGAACUCAUUACAAAUAGUUAUCGAAUGCUAUGUUUAUUUGCGCAUCCGUCAGUGUAUUAUACAACCCUGUAGCCAAUUUUGUAUUCCUUUAUGCCUUUUCCAAUGUGCUCAGCACAGAGAACGUAAAUACAACGUUGUUUUAUUCAGUUUAUUGCCGUUUUUUGUUUCUAAACAAAAUAUUGAUCAUUGAUAUAUAAUAAUAAUAUUUCAAGGAGAUUUCACAAAAUCUCCAUGUGGAAAUGCAUUGCUCUUGCUGUAAUCAUCAUGUUGCUGAGGAGGAUGAUUAUAUGGAGUGCGUGGAAUGUGAAUCUCUGGUGCAUGCGAAAUGUCUGCGCACGUGUCGUCCUGGUGAUUUGCUGGGUGAUGUGUUCUUUGAUUUCACCUGUGCCGAUUGCACAAAUUUACAGAAUAAUGCACCUUCUACUUCUUCAUCAGCAAAAACGACAUUGCCACGUGAAGUUUUCAUUCGUCAGCGCUUGUCAUGGUUUAUGAUAGUGGUAUUAACAUUGUACAACUUAUCGAUAAAGUCUAAAGGACUUAGUCAUCAUGGCUUUUUCCACUGGCGUUCCCACAUAGUGAGUUUCGUUAAUAAAAAUUGGGAUUUUUUAAUGGAGCCAGGAACACGCCGCCGCAAAAACUGGUUCGGUUCCAUUUCCGGUAAUUUAUCACAUUAUAGCCCCGAAUUUUUCCUGUCCGGUCAAGAAACUAUUCAAAAAUCGGGCUGGUGGCGCCUUGCUCAACCGCAUCUGACGCCGAAAAUUAUUCAUAAAAAAUAUGAAGAAUAUAGUCAAAAACGUUCACAAAUGCGUACUGAUAAGCGAUUAGGAAGGGACGUUGAUAGCGGAGAAGAGCAGCAGGAAAACAAGCGCGUACGCCAUACUGAUUCGGAUGAUGACUUAAUGCCAAUAGCUGACGGUUGUAGCCGCACAAUACCAUAUAUGGGGCGUACGCCGAAAUUAGCCAAGCAACUUAAUAUUGUGGACGACGAUAUUAAAAACCUACAGCAACAGCAAGAAUCCCUGAACACUGUCCAAACGAGUUUAAUGGAUUUUCUGGCAGAGAGUCUGGCUAACUAUGAUUUAUUCAGUUCUGAAACAUUGAUAGGCGGUGACGGAAAACAUGACUUGCUUCCUCUUCUCGAAACACACAAUGAUAAUUUGAAUAAUUUGGAUGCGUUGGAAACUAAACAUAAUGGUAAUUCGGAGAGCAAUAAAAACGCCGAGCCGAUUGCCGAUAAAUUUAAAAGCUUUUACGUUUCAGAAAAUCAACAGCAGCCAUCAGAAGCUUGUAUUGAACAGUUUAUUCAUGAAGAUUCUAUGCAAACACCAUCUGAGUGUAGUAACGACGCCGAGGAAGACGAUGAGGAAUAUCAGCCACGUAUAAUACAAGUUACUAAUUUUCAACAGCUGAAGCAAUCACCUAUUAAAGACCAAUCUUCUUCCGUCGAAGAUCAGUCGGUAUUAAGUCGAUUAGGGCAAGAAAUCAAGAAAGAAUUAACAUCAGAUGCUGAACAGUCCGAAAGUGAAGAACAAUAUAAUACAAAGAAUAAUGAAGAUUGUAAAGUGCUUAAGGGCCCAGAAUCCGAGAUUGGAGCUGAAGGAAAUGCAAACUCUUUAAAUGUCUGCAAACCAAGCCUUUUUACAAAAGUUCCUCGUCGAAAUUGGCCAUGGUUAGUUGAAGAUGAAGAUGAUGGGACAGGCGAACAAAUCAGAAGUCAAUCCAAGGAAAAGAAACCAUUUAAUCAGCAAGGAAGGGUAUCUAUGAUGAGCGAAUACGAGGAAAUUGAAUUUUUACAAAAAAUGCGUAAAGUUUUCAAUAUGGAGGACAAGUUGAAAAUUGAAAUUCCAGCUUAUGUACGCCGCUUCUAUAGAAAACUAUGUGUGCGCGAAUGGAAACGAGAACACGGAAAACCACUUUUUAAUCUAGAUGAUCAAAUUAAUGGCAAGAGCAAUGAUCCAGUAGAUGAGGAGAAAACACAAAUCAUUGAUAGAUACCAGUUGAUAUCGCUUUCCUCGGAAAAGGCAAAUAAAUCAUUUUAUGCUAGAAUUUGCGGUUCAAUCGAGUAUGAAAAGUUCGAGUCACCAUAUUCACACCGAAUUUUACAUCCGUUUAUAUAUAGAGAUAAGGAAAUAGCACCUCCUUGGUUGCAGUUAAUGUGCGAGCUACAAUUCAAGGUUAAUAAAAAAUAUCCCUACCGGGCACCAAUUGACUUUUGUUAUGUGCGUCCUAAUCAUAUUGCUGCAGUGAAUGCCUUAUUGCAAACAUCCUUCUGGCCAGGAAUUGAUAUGUCUGAAUGUCUGAGCUAUCCAGAUUAUAGUGUGGUGGCGCUUUACAAAAAACUGGUAGUUGGUUGUGGUUUUCUAGUACCUGAUGUGGGCUAUAAUGAGGCGUACAUAUCGUUUAUGGCCGUUCGACCGGGUUGGCAGCGUUGCGGUAUAGGAACUUUUAUGUUAUACCAUCUUAUACAGACAUGUAUGGCAAAGGACAUAACACUACAUGUCUCUGCUUCCAACCCCGCUGUUGUGUUGUAUCAGAAGUUUGGCUUCAAAAUUGAGGAAGUAAUUCUGGACUUUUAUGAAAAAUAUUUACCUAUUCAUUCAAAACAAAGUCGAACUGCGUUCUUUUUAAGGCUUUUGAGGUCAUAACCGUUUGAGAUUGUAAUUUUAUAAGUUCAGCUUUAAUAAAUAUUUUUAAAGUGUC